UAUAAGCAACGGAUCCACACUCACAUUUCAUUUGCUUCAUGGUUCAUAGGUCGCCAGCUUCGUAAACCAACAGAGACUAUACGAUCGCCAGAACCGGGGGCUUGCUGCUUGGCUGACUUUCAAUAAUUUCCCUGACUGGAACUGAGAACAGCAAUUGCCCAAGUUACAGAAUAGCUAUUAUUCGGAGACCCUUUCGCAUUCAGCUUACAACGAAGAGUGACAUGAACGCAACGCAUUCAGUUUGUGUGCUGGUUAUUGUCCUCUGCUCCUUUCAACCGAUACUUUCACAACAGUCAAGGUGUGAAUGCAAUAGUAAAGAGGUUGACUGUGAUGAUCCAUGUAUACGUAAUGCUUUUGCAACUGUUGGUGGAGUUAUUGGAGGCCUGAUUUUCAUAGUAGUAAUAUCGGUAUUACUCUGCUGUGUUUGCUACCACUGUAAAAGACAUCAGAUGCGUCAAUCAUCAGCUGUAGUUGUUACCACGACACCACAGGUCGUUUCUGAUUUCCCAGCAGGACAAUUUCACUAAAUGUGACUAUUCAUGAAAUUACUCUUUGUUUAGAAACACUCUACUAUGAAUAGUAUUGACUGAUGUAGUGUUUGUUUUGCUCAUUGUUUUGUCUCACCCCAUUUCCUUUGUCUCGCAUAGUGUAUUAUGUGUUGGCAUGAUUCAUUGCGCAUAGCUAGCAACAUAAGAACUGCCUGAUUCUUGAAGGAUAGCUACUCACUGUUAAGAGCAAAGUGCAAACCCUCAGCGCAGAACCAUGUUCCUGCAGCGUCUCAAGAAGUAAAAAAAUAAUAACCACUUUAAGAUUUUUAGGGAGAUCUUUUAUGUUAGCUAUAGGGCUCAUCCAAGAUCGUCCAACAUGAUACACUUACAGAUCUCACACUUUACUGUCUU